AAGAGGGGAAGAGAGAGGAGGCGGUUUUUAGAGAGAGAAAGGGGGAAGAGGUUACAGCCCUGAGAGAGAAAGGGGCUCCCACUGUGUUACAGAGACCUCUCAGAAGAGGAGAGAAAAGGAGAGAGAGGUUUCCUCUAGAGAGAGAAGCAGCUCGAGAUCUGUGUCUCUUAUUUAACUAAUACCACUUUCUCUCUCUUAUUUUCCGUCUGCACUGUGUCUCUCUCUCUCGCUCUUUUCCUUAUCAGUCCAUAUCUGCACCGCCUGUUACAAGUCUCCAAAUCCCUGGUUUGUCAUAAACAGAGACGCAGAGAGAAUCACAACCAUAAGCCUCAAAACACCCUAUCUACCCCGGUUUCUCUCUCUACCCCGGUUUCUCUCUCUAGAUUCUGGCCUGAGUUCUUCUGUUUUUUAUGGUUUUCUUUCUGGUUCUCUCUCUUGCUAUUAGAGAAGGAGAAAGCGAAGCGAGGGGAGUUUCUGGGUCUUAUGUCGGCUCGCACUGAGUUAUCGAUCGGAGCUCAGCAGCUCUGGCUUUUCAUACCUUUCUCUCUCAUCCUGCUUUUUCGCAUGCAACAGAAGCUUCAUCUAAUAUCAAGCAUCAGUUCGAGUUCUUUCUCUCUCCUCGCCUUAAGGAGCCCAAAGACCUCGGGCCCCUUCUCUCCCAUGCAUAUCUCAUCAAACCAGGCUAGCUUCAAAGACAGACGCUUAAUCAAUUCGUUGUUGUUCUUAUUCUUCAGAGGACUUCUCACGUAACAAGAACUCGAGGAAAGGAGCAGAGCCCAAGAGCUAUUUUUUUCCUUUAGAGAGAAAUAGAGAUGCCUGGGCCUCAGAUUCAGCUUUUUAACCAGGAUAGAGCGUGCAGAAAACCGAAGAAAAUGGCUAGAAGGGUUCGCAUUCUCUGCGAUGACCCAGACGCCACUGAUUCCGAUUCUUCAAGUGAAGAAGAAGGGGCCAUGAGAAACCCAAUAAAAACCAGUAAGAAGAGAGUUAUUCAGGAGAUCUAUAUCCCUUUUUCGUGUUCUGUUCCCGUUAUAGAGAUAGAGAGCUCUGCGGACAGUAGUUUUAGAGAGAGAAACAAGGAUAGUAGCAUUAGGGAGAGGAACAAGUUGGAGAGUGGCUCCACAGAGAGAAACCGGAUGGAGAGUAGUUCUAGAGAGAGAAACAAGCUGGAGAGCAGCUCUAGAGAGAGAAACAGUGUGAAAUCUAGCAGGAAGCCAGGCAAAUACAAGGGGGUAAGACAGAGAAGAUGGGGAAAAUGGGCAGCUGAGAUUAGGGAUCCAUCUAAAAAAGGAGUGAGGAUUUGGUUGGGUACUUAUAAUAGUGAAGAAGAAGCUGCAAAAGCCUAUGAGAGAGCUGCUAAGAAAAUGGAAGGGGCUGGUUCCUCUUCUGCUUCUCUCUCUUGUGUGUCAGAGGAUGAACAGUAUUCUCUCUCUUCCCCUUCCUCUGUACUCGACAACGUAUCGACAUCGAACUCCUCCAUUUGUGGGGCUGAGAGCUCUAGCAUUCGCAAAGAGAGCGGAAAUGGUUUAAGCAAAGGCAGAGGAAAGGGUUUAAGCAAAGAGAAAGAAAAUGGAUUAAGCAAAGAAAGAGAAGAGAACAGUUCAACUCCUGAAACCAUGGGAGGGGGGUUUUUACAGGAAGAUGCGAUUGCAUCAAUGGAUGAUGAGGGUUUCAAGAAAGAGUUGGCUGCGUACAAUAAUGAUUUGUUCGUGGUUGAGGAAUUGGGCCAAGUUCUUGAGAUGGGUUUUGACGAGAUGGGGAUUGAUGAAAUCGACUCUGGUUUUGACGAAAUGGUUAUUGAUGAAAUUGAGCCCCUCAUAUUUGGAGUGGAGAACGAGGGUGAUGUUCCAAGUUUGGAUUUUGAUUUUGAUUUUGAUUCAGAGCCCAUUGCUGAAUGGGACUUUGAACCUCACCCAGUCCCUCUCCCUCUCCCUCUCCCUCUCUCUCUCCCUCUCACUUAAUGGAGCAUUUUUGCAGAGUAGGUUACUGGUUUUGCUUAUUUUAAUUUUCUGAGAGUAUUUGAUCUUUGAGGACUGUAAGUGGUUCUUUAGAUCAGUUUUCGUUUGGGGUUUAGUUUGUUUGUUGAGGAGGUUAGUAGAGAGAGAGAGAGAGAGAGAGAGAGAGGUUUGGAAGAGUUGAAAGUAUGGAAGGGAGGGAAGGCUUGGGUUUUUCCGUGCUUGAGAGCCGUCCAAGCUUUAUCUCGUCGGUUUUGUUCUUCUCUCUCUUUGUACUGUUUGUCGGUCAAGAGUUUUGAGAGAAUUUCGAGUAAUUGAUAUUUUAUUUUAUAUGUUCCUUCGUUGUUUUGUUGAUGAGGAAGAAGUAAUUCUUUAAGCAAAUCACCGUUCAUUA